CUUAUCUACGUUUAGUUCGCUUGAGGCUUUCCUAUAGAUAACACGUUACUCGAAGUCGGAGGCUAUCGCGUUAAUUCCAUUGUAUGGUGUAGUUUAAAGACUCUUAAUUCGAACUCUAGAAAACAUGGAAGCGAUUAAGCAUAAAAUCUUCAAUAUCUACUAUUUUUACAUGCUUUGGAUGUUUUGUACAGAAUUGAUUUUGGUGAAUGCAUCUGAAGAGCAAUCAUUUGAACCAAAGUUAAUGCCAUCGGUCAAUGAAGUAAUGCACUCUGAAAAUGACACGUAUAUUGUUUCAUGUGCUGGCGAUGGAGUUCGUGUGAGAUGGUUUGAUCCCAAUAAUAAAUGGAUUGAUCCAAUGGAUCGAGGUCAUGUUCAUGUUGAAGAACGAAAUAGUGAAUCGUUAUUGAUUUUUACAUCCAUAUCACCAGAGGAUAGGGGAAAUUGGACGUGUCAAGCAGAAAAUAAUACACGAAGGGCUGGAUUCAAUAUGAUUGUUUACAAGCCAAUAACUUUUCUCGAUUCGCAAAAUGUUCAAAGUGUAAAAGAAAAUGAUGAUGCAGUCAUAAAGUGUAUGGUUGACGGCGAUCCUGAGCCAAGUAUUUCUUGGUAUUACAAUGGCCAACCAUUAAAUCUUGAUGGAAACAAAUAUCGUGGCCUAGCUGACGGCCUGUUAAUCAAAGAAGUACAAAAAGGAGAGGAAGGAGAGUACACUUGUUCCGCAUUUCAAAUAUCAUCUGCAAAAAGUAAUAUUGAAGAGAAAACAAUUCGUUUAAAUAUUCAGCACAAACCUAUUAUACCUGUUCAUCGAGAGAGUGCUGAUGUUCAAUACGGGUAUCUCAAAGGAUAUGUGGAUAUCAUAUGCGAAGCCGAAGCAGAACCACCAGCUACAUUUCGUUGGUAUCGCAAUAAACAACGUUUGGAUCCAGGAGAGUAUGAAAUUAGUUAUGGUGAACAUAGCUCCACUCUACGGAUUCUCUUGAGUGAUGGGGAUCAAUUUGGAGCAUACGUUUGUGAGAGCUCUAAUAGUUUGGGAACAUUGAAAAGAGACAUAGUGUUGGUAAAUGGAACAAAACCUAAUCCACCUCCAUACAUAACAUUACGUGGUGUAAAUUCUAAUACUUUUGAUUUGGACGUUGGUGCAAAGAAAAUUGGUGAACCCGACGAAAUGGAUGUUAUUGGCUAUCGAUUUGAAAUUAUCUCAAAAGAGGAACAUCAGAAUGAGAGCAAAUGGUUGAAUGCACGCGUUGUCAAGAAAGAUUUUACAGAAGGUGUCACAUAUUUAAUCAAUAACUUAUCACCGAACACAACAUACUUGAUUCGUGUUGCAUCGGUAAAUCGCGCCGGCAUGUCGGAGUGGCUUGGUCCAAGGGAGUUCGAAACACAUGCAAAGGAAGGUUUCGGACACACAUCUACAUCAACACAUUCCGGAUCACAACACAAUGUUGUGGCAAUGAAUCUUAUUCAUCUGUUGAUAUUUUACAUAGCUUAUGAAUUUUUCAGUCUAACCUAAUGGACCUAGAUUCGACAGAUAUUCAAUUUUUAAAUGUUUUACUAUUACUAUACAUGGAUAAGCUGUUUUUAAUGAAAUUGAGGAAAUGCCUCCAUAUAACGACAUCGAAUAAUUGCAGUACACACAAUAGAUUUUUGCCUGACAGUUAAUAAUAAUAAAAAUAAAUUGAAGCAAUGGAAUUUUAACUAAUAUUCCGCUAAGUCACUUGCAUACAAUUGAAACUGAGCUAUAACUUUUUUCAAUUGAAGCGGAUAUAUUUAUCAUACAUAUUUAAUGGAAUGCCUUUUACGCUCUUUGAAAAAAACCG